AUGAACGUAGCCUCAGAGACAGAAGUGAGAGGAGCGAAAAAAAAGCGACCAGAGAUGUUCUUCCACAUAGUUUUGGAGCGCAACAUGCAAUUACAUCCACGAUUCUUUGGUCAAAACCUUCGUGAAAACCUCGUCUCUAAGCUCAUAAAAGAUGUCGAGGGCACUAUCAGUGGCCGACAUGGGUUUGUAUUAGCGGUAACUGGAAUAGAAAGCAUAGGAAAAGGAUUGAUCCGAGACGGGACUCCUUUCGUCACCUUCCCCGUUAAGUACCGAUGCGUUGUUUUCAGACCUUUCGAAGGCGAGGUUCUGGAAGCUGUUGUCACACGGGUCGUUCAGCACGGAUUCUUCGCUGAAGCUCUCUCUCUUAAGAUUUUUGUGUCCAAUCAUUGCAUACCAGAUGAUAUGGAGUAUCAGGCUGGUGACAUGCCUACUUACACAAAAUCAGAUGGAUCAGUUAGGAUCCAGGAAGACUGUGAAGUGAGACUAAAGGUCUUUGGCUUUAGUAUCGAUGCCACAGAGAUCUCCUGUGUGGGUAGCAUCAAAGAAAGAUUUUUGGGGCUCAUAACCGAUCCUGGAGCCGUUGCAUAAGAAAAGUCUCAGUCAGACUUCGAUGUUACUUUUAUACAGAGGAUGACUUGUGAUAAAUGUUGUAUUGUAAGCGUUGAUGUAUCCGGAAUAACUAUUAGAACAGAUGAUAUAUUUGUUGGUUGUUGAUUCAGAGUAAUGGACAAGGCAAAACAAUAAUAUAAAGAAACUAAAUGAUUGAAACGUUUUUAUCGUGAGCGAAUGGUAAUUUGUUUUCUUCAAGCAUUUGAGCUUCGCUCAUGCUAAAAUUUGUGAGUUCUAAUUUUGAGAUGUUUCAAAAUUCAAAUGAUUUUAUGGAAACCUACUUGGUCCGGUGGUUUGAUUAAGAAUUUCUUGUGCAGCAUACUAUACCGUCAAACGUUGAUACCAUAGGGUUACUCAGAGUCAAAUGUGAUUCCUCGUAAGACAGCUAUCUAUUAUAUUACCAGUCUUUCAAAGCCAAAGAUGUUUGUAACUGGAACCAAAAGAGCCGGAACAGAGAUAAAUAUUAUACAAGAUGUAAGGCUCACAAGUCACAACAAUCUAAAAACCUACUACCAAGUUUAUACAGCUACAAAACGUGUGAACAAUCAAGCGACAGGAGGGAUUGAUUUAGCGAAAGCAAACAGCUCAAGAACAAGAGAAGAAGAGUGAGCGUGUGCUUGCGGGAGAAAGAGACUGAGAUGGAAUUUGUUUCACUUCAAGACUUUGAAAUGAAAAAGCCAA